GGAUGGCAGAACUGGGAGGCUGAACUCCAGCCGGUUUGGGAACCCAGGCGAGUGGGUGACAGGUCGCUCCUGACUGGGAAGGUUGUUCAGCACGUCAAGACUGGGUUUCAGGUCAGAGGGACCAUGUGGAGAGUGAGGACAGCCACCUGAGCUGGGACCCGGAGGUUUCAGGGGGAGAUGAUGUCCUAAGCUCCGCUGGAUCCACGUGACAUCAACCAGCCCCUCGCUUGCUGGGAGUUCCGAGCUCUGUGCUGGGGCCAGGCCGGCACCAGGCACAGACACUCCAGCCCUUGUUGGGAGAACAGAGAAGCUCUCUUGUCACUGCCAGUCUUCGGCUCCAACUGCUGGUUCUCCCAGAGGCCUCUCCUCAGGCUGUCCAGAGCCUACCUGAUCACUGCAACGGGAUGGACUCCAGCCCAGCCGGGACCCCCAGUCCACAGCUCUCAAGAGCCAAUGGGAACAUCAACCUGGGGCCUUCAGCCAACCCAAAUGCCCGGCCUACAGACUUCGACUUCCUCAAAGUCAUUGGCAAGGGGAACUACGGGAAGGUCCUGCUGGCCAAGCGCAAGUCCGAUGGGACAUUCUACGCAGUGAAGGUGCUGCAGAAAAAGUCCAUCCUCAAGAAGAAAGAGGUACCAGCUCAGACAUGGCAUUUCCUCACCUGCUUCUUGACCCCAAUCUUGGGUGGCCUCCAAAGAUGGGGCCCCCUCUGAGGAGUCCAUGAGGCUGGGU